AUGCACUUCACGCCCGUCGUUCCCCCGCGCCCUUCCCCCAGUGGCGGAAGCAGCACAUCUCUCAACCCGCCACCACCAGUAAUCCCCCAACCCGUCUCUCCACAAAACCCGCCGACCCUGUCCCCGUGGGGUCCACAAGGCGGCUACCCAGCCCAGUCCCCGUACGUUGGCGGGUUCCCCAUGCAAGGCUCGUACUUCAUUCCCCCCGUCAACCUCCCCGCCGGGGGGCAGACCCCCAUGAUGCCGCCCAACGCCGGCUUUGCCACCGACUUCACUGGCUUCCCCAACGCCGGCGCUGCCGCCGCGCCUUCGCCCUACGCGCGACCCGGAGCGGCACCCGGAACCCCGUACAUGGGCGGCGCCCCGCCGGGGACCCAUACGGGCUACAGCACCUUCCAGCAGCCCCUCCCGCCCACGGGAAUGCCGUACGGGAUGGUGAACAUGGCCUACACCCCGUUCGCGGCGCCUAUGAACCUCGCUGGUGCCAUGCCAGGCGGGAUGCCUGGCAUGAUGCAAGGCAUGAUGCAAGGUGGGAUGCCAGGCGGUAUGCCCGGUAUGAUGCAAGGCGGGAUGCCUGGUAUGAUGCCCGGUGGGAUGCCUGGUGGAAUGCCUGGUGGAAUGCCUGGUGGAAUGCCUGGCGGGAUGCCUAUGCCGGGCAUGAUGCCUGGGUACCCGUUUGGCCCCGCUGCUGGGAUGGGAGGGAUGGCAGGCGCGGGGAUGGCUGGUGGCGCUCCAAGUGCUGUACCCAUGCAGCCGAGCGCGUCGGGUGGAGGCUUGCGCCCUCCAAACCCGAAGGAGCGUCAACCAUGGGACGAGAUCGACAGGUUUAUGGAGGGUGAUGAUUAUGGCCCUGUUCUGCGAACUAUGCUUGUCGGGAAGACGAAUGCUCAUGUCCGAAUCAACCCCCUCCUAUCACCACCCGACGAUGGGCUCACCAAAGACUACCUUCGAUGGAACAUGCUCUUCCCCACCAACAACUGCCAACGCUCCACAGACCGCCCCGGACGCUCGUGGUACGACGGUCGCGAGGCUCCCGCAACCUGGCCCCGGGUAACCCAGAUCCGGCUCGUCUCCCGCUCCUUCCCCUGGACGAUCGAGAUCCCGGCCUCGGACGCGCGCAUCGGCGUCACCUGCGGGGACGUCGUCGAGGCCGUCCACGCGCACAUGUACGGCCGCCUCGCGCAGCAGCAGUUCGACUCGGCCUCGCGCCAGCAGAAGCGCCUCCUCUCCGAGUCCUUCUACCACAACCGCUCGACCGCGCACGGCGUCCCCGGCGGCAAGAUGGCGCAGACGCUCCUCCGCUGCGACUGGCUCGGGCAGGACACCAUGUUCGGCGGCGUCGUCGAGGACCCGCAGCUCGUCGCCGACGUCUGCCGCGGCGUCCUCCCCUGCACGUUCGAGAUCAAGUGCGUGCGGCGCUACCCGAUGACGGAGAGCGAGAUCCGCGAGGAGGAGGCCCGCGGGCGCAACGCGGACGAGCAGGGGUACCACUCGCACCCGCACUCGCGCGGGCCGUCGCGGUCGCGCGCCGGCAGCUCGCGCGCUUCCCGGCCGACCUCGCGCCACGGCUCCAGUCGGCCACCGACGCGGCCGCCGAGUAGGGUUUUAUCGUCGUCAGAUGAGGAGACGCUGAACUCGAGGUGA